GGAGAGCGGGAGGAGGCCAUGGGCCGCAGGAGGGAGAGUCGGGGGAAGGUGGCACAGAGCCAACUGCUCAGGUUGAGUGAAAUGAAGCUGGGAUGGGGCCACUCUGAUUCUACCCCCGCAGGGUCACCGGGCAAAAUACUGGACAAAGGGGGAGACUUGGGUGCAAGCUCUGGGCUAAGAAUUUGGCCUGGGUUGUGCUCACUGAGGCCUGCACUGAGCCCACCAGGACCACCCAGGUGCCACCCUAUGGGUCUGGCUCCAUGCCCAUUGCAGCCUGGGGCCUCGGGAAGGAUCAGAUGGGACAAAGGCCGCACUUGUGCUGGCCCUGGGGGAGAGGGUACGUGAGGGCCUGCGGUAGGGAAUGCCAGGGAGGAACAGCCUUUGCAGGACCCCCGCCCGCAGUGCUCUUUCACCUCUUGCAAACAAGAAAGGGCUCCCAAAACAUGUCUCCAGGAUGGGGGUGCAGUGAGGUUCUGGAGCCAAGGCAACCCUUUUCUCUUUCUCCCAGAGAAGAGGGCCCUUGCAGGUCGGCUUUCCUUCCCUGAUGACAGGGACUCAAGGCCCAUUCUCUCGGAGGAGUGAGCCAGGUCAGGGCCUGGGGUCCGUCGGUGGCUUCUCAGCCCCCGGGGGUUCUGGUGGCUGAGAGUGGGGUGGCCUAAGGCCUACAGGAUUGCAGGGAGCAUGCCAUGAUGGAAAAGAUUUGGGGGACCUGCAUGUUGGACUGGAGAGGAGCCCUUCACUCGGAGUCCGAGGCCUCUCCUUACUCCUGGGAGGGACUGCGGAGGGCAAGUGUAGGGGCGCGCCCUCGGAAGCGGGGCCAGGCAGUGGGCGGCCAGAGCCAGGGCCGCUCCUCCCGCGGGGCUCUCCUCAGGGAAGUGCCUCUCGGCCUCCAGCAUUCCGGCUGCGGAGGGUGUCGCUGCCAGUCUCGGGCUGUAGCCGAAUUCCGCCCCAGCCGCGGCUGCCUGGCAGUCCCCACCUAGGGCACGCUGCCCACGCCAUUACCUGGUCCAGCUGUCCUGGAGGCUCCGCCCGUCGGCUCCGAUCUGCAGCCUCGCCUCUGAGCUGUCCCGCAGGCUCAGGAUGAACCCCUCAGAGACGCCCUGGGUUUCAUUGUCAGCCACCAGAGUGCUGUGUGACCUUCGGAUUCCUGAGGUGGAGGAGGGGUGCCAGGCAGGCACCAUGAGGGGCCUUCUCUGUUCAACCCUGUCGGUGUUGCUGUUUCUUCUCCAGUCCUGGGAAUCCCAGCUCCAGCUUGCAGGACCAAGGUGCCACACUGGACCCCUGGACUUGGUGUUCGUGAUCGACAGCUCCCGUAGCGUGCGCCCCUUCGAGUUCGAGACGAUGCGGCAGUUCCUGGUGGGCCUGCUGCAGGGCCUGGACGUGGGGCGCAAUGCCACGCGCGUUGGUGUGAUCCAGUAUUCCAGUCAAGUGCAGAGCGUCUUCCCGCUCCGUGCCUUCUCGCGCCGGGAGGACAUGGAGCGCGCCAUCCGCGCCCUGGUGCCGCUGGCGCAGGGCACCAUGACCGGGCUGGCAAUCCAGUACGCCAUGAACGUGGCCUUCAGCGAGGCGGAGGGCGCGCGCCCUCCCGAGGCGCGCGUGCCGCGCAUUGCAGUCAUCGUGACCGACGGGCGGCCCCAGGACCGCGUGGCCGAGGUGGCGGCACAGGCGCGCGCCCGCGGCAUUGAAAUCUACGCCGUGGGUGUGCAGCGCGCUGACGUGGGCUCCCUGCGCGCCAUGGCGUCGCCCCCGCUGGAUGAGCACGUCUUCCUUGUGGAGUCCUUCGACCUCAUCCAGGAGUUCGGCCUGCAGUUCCAGGGCCGGCUGUGUGGGAAGAACGCAUGUGCUGAGGGAGGACGCGGCUGCCAGCACCGGUGUGUCAGUGCCCCGGGCACGUUCCACUGUGCCUGCAAUCCUGGCUACAAGCUAGCAGCAGACCACAGGAGCUGCUUGGCCAUUGACCUGUGCACUAAGGGGACCCACGGCUGCGAGCACCAUUGCGUCAGUUCCCCGGGCUCUUAUUUCUGUCGCUGCAGAGCUGGCUUUGUGCUCCAGCAGGACCAGAGGAGCUGCAGGGCCAUUGACCACUGCAGCUUUGGGAACCACAGCUGCCAGCACGAGUGCAUGAGCACCCUCAGCGGGCCACGGUGCCGCUGCAGAGAGGGCCAUGACUUGCUGCCCGAUGGGAGGAGCUGCCAAGUCCGAGACUUUUGCAAUGGCCUGGACCAUGGCUGUGAGUUCCAGUGUGUGAGUGAAGGCCUCUCCUACCGCUGCCUGUGCCCCGAGGGGCGGCAACUUCAAGCGGACGGCAAGAGCUGUAGCCGGUGUCGGGAAGGCCACGUGGACCUAGUUGUGCUCGUAGAUGGCUCCAAGAGCGUGCGCCCACAGAACUUCGAGCUGGUGAAGCGCUUCGUGAACCAGAUCGUGGACUUCCUGGACGUGUCCCCCGAGGGCACGCGCGUGGGGCUGGUGCAGUUCUCCAGCCGCGUGCGCACCGAGUUCCCGCUGGGCCGCUAUGGCACGGCGGCCGAGGUGAAGCAGGCUGUCUUGGCGGUGGACUACAUGGAACGCGGUACCAUGACCGGGCUGGCGCUGCGGCACAUGGUGGAGCACAGCUUCUCCGAGGCGCAGGGCGCGAGGCCCCGCGCCCUCAACAUCCCUCGGGUCGGCCUGGUCUUCACCGAUGGCCGCUCCCAGGAUGACGUCUCCGUGUGGGCAGCGCGUGCCAAGGAGGAAGGUAUUGUCAUGUACGCCGUGGGCGUGGGCAAGGCGGUGGAGGAGGAGCUGCGCCAGAUCGCUUCAGAGCCGGCCGAACUGCACGUGUCCUAUUCCCCGGACUUCGGCACCAUGACACACCUGCUGGAGAACCUCAAAGGCAGCAUCUGCCCCGAGGAGGGCAUCAGCGCUGGGACAGAGCUUCGGAGCCCUUGCGAAUGUGAAAGCCUUAUGGAGUUCCAGGGCCGCACGCUGGGGGCGCUCGAGAGCCUGACCCAGAACCUGGCCCAGCUGACCGCGCGCCUGGAGGAUCUGGAGAAUCAACUGGCCAACCAGAAAUGAGGGCUUCCGGUGGCGAGGACCCGGGACGGGGUGUGGCCCCACGGACUGUGCCCUUCGAGCGCUGUCAGGGCGCCCUAGCGGGGCAGAACCUGGGCUUCUCCGGCUUGAGCUGUCGGGGAGGAGACGCUGGCGGGCUCCCAGCGCUGUGCUUGAGCUGGCCUCGCCUGGACCAGAAGCCGGACAGGGGGGAUGGCGGGGAUUGGGAAGGGGUGGAGGUGGGGACCGCGUGCCAGACCCGCACGUCCUCACCGCGUGCUGUGCUCAGGUUUUUGUUGGAUUUCUUUUUCUUAAAAAAAAAUCUGAUUUUCACAGGAUCGGUUUUGUACGUCUUGCUGUGCCGACAGGGGGAGGGAGGCCAGACGCAACGUGCUCUGGUGGCGCCCGGACGGCGUCUC